CACUCUUCAGUCUGCGGGGAAAAACAGAAUGAGAUGCGACUUCCUCGUGCAGCGCUGAAUAGUAAUUCACCCUGCCGGUGUUUCAGCUUCCAGUAUCAGCUCAUGCAGAGAUGUGACGGCCAUCUCUGUGAGCAUCAAAGUUAGGCAAAAACCCAAUCACCUUUGCGGAUAAGCGAAGUUACUGCAUUUGCAGGAGGUUUACGACAUCGAGAAUGUCAGCAGGCGAGGCCUUCGUCACUCUGGCCACCACAGACUCAUACUGCAUGGGAGCCACAGUGGUGGCCAAGAGUUUACGGCGUCAUGGGACAACUCGCAGCAUUGUCGUCAUGGUCACGCCAAAUGUCUCAGAACAGUCAAGGCUCGCCCUGAAGGAUGUAUUUGAUGAGGUCAUCAUAGUGGAUGUGAUGGACAGUGAGGACCGUAUCCACCUGUCCCUGCUGGGACGUCCUGAGCUCGGCAUCACCUUCACCAAGAUCCACUGCUGGACGCUGACCCAGUACAGCAAAUGUGUCUUCCUGGACGCUGACACACUUGUCCUGAGGAACGUGGACGAGCUGUUCGAGAGAGACGAACUGUCGGCAGCUCCUGAUCCCGGCUGGCCCGACUGCUUCAACUCCGGCGUGUUUGUCUUCAGGCCUUCCCUGCGCACCCACACCGGCCUCCUGGAUCACGCCCUGCAGCACGGCAGCUUUGACGGAGGGGACCAGGGCCUGUUGAACAGCUUCUUCAGCAGCUGGCCAGUGGAAGACAUCAGCAAGCAUCUGCCGUUUGUCUACAACCUCAGUGGCAGCUCCGUCUACAGCUACCUGCCUGCUUUCCAACAGUUUGGCCACAAUGCAAAGAUCGUCCAUUUCUUAGGAGCAGUGAAACCCUGGAGCUCCAGCGGCCAGAGGGAUGACGGCUGCUCGCAUCAUGUCAUGGAACAGUUUGUAUCUCUGUGGUGGAAGGAAUACCUCGGCCAAUCAACGUCACCGCUACCAGAGAAACAGCUCAGUCAAGACUUGGAGAAUCCACAACAGAUCCAAGAAAGGGAAGCUAAGAUGUCAUUUCGAGAAACUGUGGACAGCUCUGAGUCGCUUCUGGCGCAUUUUUCUCCACCACCUGAGAGGCUCCAUUCACCAAAGACAUGUUCCCACAGAGAAAACACACCGCUGGAGGAAGAGUCAGCAACAUGUAGGAUGACAGAGAUCAAGGACCCAGAGGGGUUGGAGGGCAGCGAUGGCGCCUCGGACACUGAAACACAGCAUAGGGCUGCAGACCCAGAGGCAGAGCGGCUGCAGCAUCGCAGGCUGUGGGAGGCAGGCCGGGUCGACUACCUGGGCAGAGACGCCUUCUGCAACAUCCAGAGGAUGCUGGACCGCUUCCUGGAUUAAUGGACGACGCACAGGAGGAAGAACUCGCGUUCAUUUCCUCAGGGACAGAGUUUAGUCUGAACUCAAUGGUAAUAGCCUGACUGAAUUUCCAGGCUGUGGUGGCAGGAUUUGACUUGUAUUUUACAGGCAGACAAAAAGAUGUUUGUAUCUUUAAAGUCAUCUGACAUCCACUGCUAGUAUCCAGGCACUAUAGCUGAGAGUGAUAAACAACUGUGGCGACCUUGAGACUGACCUUGAGACUGAAACCAACAUAAAACUGAAACAAUUUUCAUAGGAAUGUUUCGUUCUAUACAAAAAACCCCGACAUGAUUUCGUUUGAAAGAUCAAAAUCAGUGGACAGAACCUGCUGAAAGGUUCUUGGCAGGUGACAGUCACAGUGAUUUUGCAGAGCAGGUGCCAUUAAAAGUUAACACCAGGUAAUACACACAGCCGACUCAAAAUGACAAGGCUUGUGUUGUUCUUAAUUUUCCUGUCAACAAAUCCUAUGCAAAGGCCCAAACCAACAAUGUGUUAGUCUGUCUCUCAGGACUUCCUGACUUCUCUGCGUCAGUGUCUCUGAGCUCCAACGCCAUUGCUUUUACAAAAGGCUGAGUAAUUUCCUAAAACAGGUUGCAGAAGGCUAGGCAGACAGGAGGAAAUCGUGCAUUUGUUGGGGACUAUUUUUAGCGGCAGAUUACUCCACAUUUGGUGCUCUCGUGAGUAUUCGGGGCAUUUUGGAUUGAGUCAAAGCAGCAUGUCACCCGGUGACAAUGGAGUUCUAUGGGAGAAGAGAAUAAGCUUCACCAGACUUUGGAUACACACAGUUGUCAGCUGUGCAUUUAUUGUUGGUUUGACUCUGUACAUUGGAUUUGCUGACUUAUAUUUAAAAACAAAAGUGAAGAAUUGCUCAACGACAUUUAAUGCACCAUGUUUCCACAUCCAUAUUUAAAGUACUCCACUACCAUUUCUGUUGUUUACACUUUGAUAACAGUUAAUAUUAUUUCAACCAGAUGGUCUUUGGCUAUUCAUACAAUCAUACCUACAAUCAUCUUAUUAUGUUAUUGUUCUGCACGUGACUCCUUGUUGCAUUGCUUCUUUUUCUUCCCUGUGUUUGAACUGCUUGUAACACAUAUUGUACAAUACCAGUACCAUUGAAGAAGAGGCUGCUGAGUCUUUAAGUCAGUGCCCAGCAUAUGCAAAAAUGUCGAAUUUCUCUACAGGCCAGUUCAACAAGUAUGGAGAGUGAAGUUUGAGUGAUAAGUGAAUAUUUGCUUCAGUUUCUCCGUUCAUUCAAAU